UGGAAGGACUUAAGAGUCUGAAUCUGCCUCAAAAGCAGUGGAUCCUAAGAACUUUCUCUCCUAUUUCUCAAAUUUGGGUCCAAAUCGUCUAACUUUUCCAGUACUGGCCCGCAAGGCAGCCCCGCAGAAGAGCAGUGUGGCUAAGGCAGAGACAGGACUAAGCAGCAAAAUGGAUGCAUCUUCCAUCAAGCACUCCACAGAAAAUAUUCCAUCAGCACAAUGAAGUGGGGGAAAGGAGCAUCUUCUGACUUGGAGCCCAGGACAUGCCAUGCUGCAUAUAUCCGACAGCUAAGAGUUCAAGGACAGAGACUUCACUUCUGAGCUCUAAGGAAACAUACUGCUGCACUGAGAAACUAAAGAUGUUUCAACAAAGUCAAGUUUGUGCAAGACCACGUUCAGAAAGGUACAAGUGAAUGCUGUUUCACUAAACAAUGGUCAGAACAAAACAUCUGGAGGGCAAAAGAUGAACCUACUUGAGGCAGCAAAAUUGGGUUUUUUUGUAUGCAUUGUGGGUUGCAUUAUCAUCUUUGCUUUUGUCUACGUACGGAAUACAAUCCCCAAGGAAGACAAUGAGCGAGAACUCUUCCCAGAAAUAGCAGAAUGUGGAGAUUACCCCAAUGAGCUUUGCUCGGCCCUCUUUGAAGGGAAAGCUGCAGCUUCCCAAAUUGGCCAUUUGUGCCAGCAGGUUCUUCGCAGACAAGAAAUGUCUAUCUGUAUAGAGAUGCCAUGCAACUGCUCGACACUUCAGAAGGAACUUCACUUUAUUACAAGUCCGCUAUCAGAAGAAGAAGGAAACUUCUCUUUGGCAUACAUCAUCACCAUUCACAAGGAGCUGGACAUGUUUAUAAAAUUACUCAGAGCCAUUUAUGUGCCUCAGAAUGUUUACUGUAUACACAUUGAUGAAAAGUCAUCAAAGGAUUACAAAUUGGCUGUGCAAACCGUGGUUAACUGCUUUGAAAACAUUUUUAUUGCUUCAAAGGUCGAGAAUGUUGUUUAUGCAGGAUUUUCCAGAUUACAAGCAGAUAUCAAUUGUAUGAAGGAUUUGGUUCAUUCAAAAAAUCAAUGGAAUUAUGUUAUUAAUCUUUGUGGCCAGGAUUAUCCCAUCAAAACUAACAAGGAAGUUAUGCAAUACAUCAAAAGCAAAUGGAAUGGCAAAAAUAUGACUCCAGGAAUUGUUCAACCACCUCAUAUGAAACACCGAACACAUGUGAGUUACAAAGAAUUUGUGCAUUCAGAAAAAUCUUAUGUGUAUCCAACAAAGAAUGUGAAAAGUGAACCUCCCCAUAAUUUGACUAUAUAUUUUGGGAGUGCCUACUAUGUACUCACAAGGGAAUUUGUAGAGUUUACUCUGACUGACAUACGUGCAAAAGAUUUGCUUGAAUGGUCGAGGGACACCUAUAGUCCAGAUGAGCACUACUGGGUCACCCUGAACCGCCUACCAGAUGCUCCAGGGGCAACACCAGAUGCACAGUGGGAAGGAAACAUUCGAGCUAUCAAGUGGAGAGACCAAGAAGGGAUAGCCCACAACGGCUGCCAAGGUCAUUAUGUCAGAGACAUUUGUGUAUAUGGCAUUGGGGACUUAAAGUGGAUCGUUGAAUCUCCCAACUUGUUUGCCAACAAAUUUGAGUCGGCAACAUAUCCACUUGUUAUGGAAUGCCUGGAGAGGCAUUAUAGGCUUAAGGUACUUCAGGAAGCUGAAGUCCCAUUGGAAACACAUUGGCAUUUGUAAGAACACACAUUUGGAACUUGAAGCCGAAUGCCUGAAUUAACCAUCACCGAUAUCUGGAGGACAAAGCAGAACAAAAAAGAAAGGUUCUUUUGAAGUGUACAUUCCAAAGCGCAUAUCAGUUAUGGAAUCUGUGCAAAACCAUACCAUAUUCUGUAUCUGAAGACAUAAAAAAAAUCCAGUAUCUUUACCAAUAAUAAUUUCUGUAGACUACUAAUGUCAACCCAAAAUAGAGCUGCAAUGUUAAGUUGCUUAAGGAGUUAAUCAACUCCUUGUUCAAUUAAAGAUUCCUCUGAUUAAAAUCAAGCAACAAAAUUUUAAAAUAUCGAACAGUAUUUUUAAUACCACUGCGAGUGGUAGCUUCUCACCUGCCAUUUCAGCAGGCACAGCGGGGGCCUCCACUGCAGCAGAGGCCUUCCCUGCAGUGCUGCUCAAAGGGUUAGGAGUGCUCUUAAAUGUUUUAAUUGGAUGACAGAAAUCCACACACACCCGCAAAAAAAUCAAGUUAUAUCUUAACUAGAGAAGCAAACACAGUGCAUAUACAUUCUACGAUUAUCAUGUGACCAAAUAAAGACUCCAGUAAAAGCUGGAACCCAGUGUUCCAUAUCUCUUGAAUCAGAUGGAAGGAAAAAUUAAGCCGUUUACUGCAAGGAAAAAAAACAGUGAAGGGCUAGAUGUGACUGAAUUAAGGCAUUACAUGGUAAUACUUCAGAUUUCAGCUGAAUGUCAAAAGUUAUACGUGUUUUGAACUGAAAGUUUACACAAGGCGGCUUACAGGGAAAGGACAAUCUUGUAAAACAAGACAUGCUAAAUUAUAAACUACUAAAUUAAUUAUUAUGGCCUAAGCUUUUGAAAUCAGACGUUUUGAAGAUAAUAACUGUGAUGGUUACCUACUGUCAGCUAAAAAGAAGAAGGCAAAAUCCAUACUGGACACUUGGAUGUAUUUUUGUUUAUGUGUGUGUAUGCAGUGGCGUCACUAGGGUUGGUGUCACCCGGUGCGGUAACUCAUGGUGUCACCCCCAUGGACCUCCUCCAGUACCAGACCAUACAGGAUCCUUAGUAAUGUUUUUUGUACUGUUACUCGUAAAUCGUAAUUCCCAUAUAUCACUGGCAUCCACUUGGCCUCGUUGAUUUAUGCACUCCAUGUGGCAUGAUAGAAUAUCCCUGCACAAUAAAAAGGGUUGUUGGAAAGACUCCCCCCCACACACACACAGAGAGAGAGAGAGAGAGAGAGAGAGAGAGAGAGAGAGAGAGCGCUUUGGGAUCAUCACACAAAAACCUAGAAUAUUUUUCCAUUUCACAAGGACAUGCAAAAGAUUGAACCCAGGACCUUCUGCAUGCAAAGCACAUGCUCAGCCUACCACUAAGAUAUAGGGUAGAAAAGCACUCACUGUUCUGCUGGUUCUAGUGCUUCUCCACCACUUUCUUCUGCAAAUAAGAACAUAAGAAGAGCCUGCUGGAUCAGGGCAGUGGCCCAUCUAGUCCAGCAUCCUGUUCUCACAGUGGCCAACCAGGUGCCUGGGGGAAGCCCGCAAGCAGGGUUGCUGUAGUCCAACUGCAUCAGAAGCACACUGCAUUGCCUAGGCCCAUUUUAAAUGGACACUGCCUAAGGCUCCAAGAGGUCUUCUGUAUCUUUAAAAGUUGUGCAGGGAGAAGGGAGAAUUCCACCUUGUGGUUUUUCCCAUUACAGGGUUGCAAGAACACCUGCACUUGGCUGACUUUCUCUUCUCAUAAAGAUACAGGAUCAGUCUCAGGCCAUGAACCUGGCAACCCUAAUCUCGUCUAGAUAGUCUGGGCUUAAUUUAACAUGCCAGCGAUGACCUUUAAAGCCCUGAAUGAUUUGGGACCAGGUGACUUAAAGGCUCACCUACAUCCAUACAAGCCUGCCCGUACCCGUGUCUGAAGCCCAACAACAAAGAAAGUUAGGUGGGAAAGCACCCAGGCAGCCAAUAUUAAGCAGGCACCAAAUCUGGAUCUUUUCAAACAGGCCUCUAUUUACCUUGACUUACAGAAACUAACUGGGGUAGAGGAUGCAAUUGUCUGACCUGGCCCCGGUGUGUUUUUGAUGUUGGAUUGCUAGUUCGCAUAAUAAGGAAUUGUUUUAUUGAGACUUUUAAAAAUGUAACCUAUUGUAUGUUAUGUGAACCACCUUGGGAAGAAUUCUAUUUUUGAAGGGUGGUAUAGAAAUGUAAAUAAAAUAUGUAUUUGGCUGUGGCUCAAAAAUUCCCUUCCCAUAUUAUAAACUGUUGCGAUAGGAGUAACUUUUCAUGGCUGCUUCACCCAAACAAUUUUAUAGGUAAGUGCCAAGCAUUUUGUGUUAUGCGCUCAUAACACUGCAAUGUGCACAUGUAGCGUACACAUAGUUCCAGUAACAUGUGUCAUACAAAUACUAACACCAUGGGACUGUGAUUUGCCACAGUGCAAUGUGUCAAGCACUGGACUCGGUACACCAGACAAAUCAUCUGGUUAACUUAACUCCCGGAGAGAAGUUUUAUUUUCUAAGCUGAGCUUCCAAAAAGCAUGCAGGGGAAAAAAACACCACAUUUGAGCAUUACUUUGAAAUGCCAAGAUGUCCACAAGAUCCUUGAGUUCACCCUAUGAAACACAAAUAUUAUCCUGUACAAAAGAGGCAACACUUGGCAUUUUUAAAAAAACUGCAUGCCGCCUCCUAACCUUGGCAUUCUUGAUCUAUGUAUAAAAAGGUUAAGUGCAGAACACCACCCAGGCGUGGCAACUUCACCUGGGAAGAGGCCUCCAGUGCCCAAAUGUGACUAGGGUAGAACCUGCCCUCAAGAGCAGUUCCCACAUUCCCACAUGGAGGCCAUGGAGAAUGGCCCCUUGCUGCGCACAACAGCUUUUUCACACCACUGCUGUGACAUGUGUCACCUAUCCUUGCAGGAUCUCUCCCAUGGUAGGACGAACUGCCAUAACAGCAAACCCAGUCCCCAAUAGCUAUUGCCAGCUCCAGGGAAAUUUGCAAGCCCAAACAGUCAACCACACCACACAUCAAGAGAAACUGUUUCUAUGUAAACAGCUAAAUGAGCCCCCAAAACUCACCAGCUUAGAGAAGAAUCACCAGUUUGCUCAUAUAAACAUGUAUGGAAGCGAGCAAGAAAAUCUGCUUUUGCCAUCUGACUGGUGACUAAUACAAAGCCCCCCCCCUUUAAUGCUCUGCCUGGCACCCACUUUACAAUACUUCCCUCCCCACCCCCAUUUGAAAUAAUCUUAGCAGUCUAACCAUAUUUACAACAGAAACACUUUUUAGCAUCCGGGAGUUAACUACUGUUAACUUCUCUACCGUUGGUUUUCAUAUCGUCGAUCGAGGUUGCUGUUUCUGAACAGGGAGUUUGUGUUUAUUUGGACUUCUACUCAGCGGGGUCUUGCAGUUGCAGUUUGGUUUAUGAAGUUUAUGCGCAUUAAACAUUUGUAUUCGCGGUACUGUAUAUUUUGAUUGAAAGUUGCCUAGAGGUAUUUUGCAUUAGGCAAGGAAUCAUAAUCAUAUACAUACACGUGAGAUAAAUGGGAAAGCAAUCGCAGCGAAAUUAGCCUCAUUUUUAAAACAAAAAUAUUAUUUAUUUAUUAAAUUUAUAUCCUCGUCCUUCCUCCCGAAGAACCCCAGGGUGGCAAUACAUUCCAGUUAUACUUGAGAACUUAGAUGAGUUAUGGGGGGGGGGGAAUAGGAUAACCCCCUUUUUAAAAACCGCACGCGCGUGUAUACACAGGAAAAAAACCUAAAGGCAGCCUGCUAAUAGCGAAGUUAGCUUUCUACAACCAGGAGCACUUUAUGUAAUAAAAAGGACUCUAAAAAUCCAUCAUAUCCCGGUCCUACCUUCAAUUAAUCGGGAGCAAGCCUCCCUCCCUUCUUGGACGCCCCAGAAUUUACGGCUACUGGGCACAGGAUUGCGCCAUGGCGCACAAAGAGACGUGGGCUGGCAGGUUCGGGAGGGUGUCAGAAAGCAGGGCAGGCGAAGCAACGCUGCCGGCCCUCUCUACAGACUGGGGUGGGGAGGGCUGAAGGGAAGGUUUUGCACAAAGACCGGCCAGGGCUGCGGGUGCGGAGGGUGCUCCCCGUGUCGCCCAGGCAGAGUUGGAGGCGCGCUCAGCUCAGCUCUCCAAAAUGCCCCGUGUGCCCACUGGCCGCCUCAGAAACUUGCCUUUCCCUUCCACGUGGCGCAGUCACCCCUGGUGGUGGUGGUGCAGCAGCGUCAGGCUCUAGCCUAGCCUGCCUGGUAACGGCUGCAAUGCUGCUCGAGGCCCCGCCCCGCGGGAGAUCCAGCUGGCGUGGCGGCAGCGGCACCCUUCCCUGCUCUUCCCUCACGCCUCACGUGUUAGCACGGGCAGGGCAGCUCUCCACCUGCCUCGCUUCCUGGUGCCUUGCCUAGGGGUGGCUCUGGGUGUCACCCCCCCUCAUGGUGUCACCCAGGUGCGGCCCGCACCCCCUUAGUGACACCACUGUGUGUAUGUGUGUGAAUAUGGAAAAUACAUGGUUUUCAGAACAGUGUAUGUGAAUAUUUGUUUUAAUUUAAUUUAAGUGGAAUGUUUUAGAACAGGGAUGAACAACAAAAGGCCUAUGAGCCAAACACAGUCCAAAGAACAAAAUUUUAUUGUUAAUAAAGAUGUGUUACAAAUUGGUCCACUGUUUCACUUGUAAGGGAAAGGGAAAUUAUUUUAGAAGUGCUGAGAAGCAGUUGAAUUCCACACUUUAAUGUUACCUCUCUCUGAACUUUAUUAUAAUAAAUGCUCCAGCCAAGCAUUUGUUCCAUAAAAGAUCAUCCACCCCAUUAUGCGCUAGGUAAAACCUGAUCAGCUAUGAAGGAGUCAUGUUGUAUGGCAAAAUAUACUCUAGCCCCCCAGGCUUUCCCCAGGAAUACAGAUAAUGGCUCACUGCUUAACCCUAUGCUGGAUUUGGGCCUGUGCAAUUUUCAAAAACUGAUAAACCUCUUUCCAUCUGCAGUUUUCCCAAAAGUUGCAAAUCUGUUCUAUAAUCUCAUUCUGCUGCAUCUAGUCUACUGCUAGGUUGCUAUCCAUAUUCUUUCAAGCAGAAGAUUGAAGGUCUGGACACAAGAACAAAAAAGACAAUAUUUAACAAAGAAGGCUCAGAAAAGGAAAGAUCAACCAACAUUUUUUUUUAACCCCACAAAAACUGUGUCUCACAACAACUUGGCUAUAUGUAAAAUAACCAAUGAUGAGGUCUGCUUUCACAGAAAGAACCUUCAUUUUAUGUGUGAAAAAUCUUGCACCAAUGGAAGCAAACACAUGUCACUUUAUAACUACUGCCCUAUGCAUCACAAACUUGCAAGCUGAACAUGAAAAUUAUAUUUAGAAACAACUGCUGAAAGCUUGGUUGCAAACUAAGGUGGCCUCUUUAUGGACAUGGUGAUGGAUAAGAUCAAGGAAUCUGGAUGUGACUGGGCAACCAAAUUAUUUUGUAAUUAUGCUGCACACGAUCACUACUAUAACGAAAGCCAAAAAGGAAUAUAUACCAGACAAACAUCUUGCUUUCAUCCACUGAACAAGAAACUCUUAAUAGGAUCUAGAAAAACAAACAAACAAAAGUUAACAGCUACAGGCAGUGCCCCUGCCCAGCAACUCUAAGCAAUCAUGAAACACUGAUUUUGGGAGUAAAGCUUUUGGCUUGCAGGACUCCAUCGCUAGUCCAGGUUUGCAAUUAUGUCCCUUGAUCCAUGAAAGCAUACAGCAAAACCAAGAGAGCCCAAUUCCUUCUGCUUCUUAGUAGACUGGCAGGAUUGUUUGGCAAGGGGGCAGCAGUAUGCCAUAUUGUACCUCCGAUACCGUGAUCCUAGAAAUAGGCGGUACAUUAAUUAUGGGGAUCCAAGUAAUGGCCUAGAUCAGCACUUUUUUUUACAGCAGAACAUACUGUAUCUCAAGACCUUAGAAGCCAAUAAAAGGAAAAGUGUUUGUCAUAUCUUUUUAAGUCCACAUGGAAAGAGAAUGAGGAAUCCUAUUAUAGUGAAUGCUUAGGUUUCUUAGAAACAGGCCAUCAUUUUGCCCUUUGAUAAAUGCUCCUUCAUGUUGAACACAGAAGAAUGUUCUAAUUAUGAAUGCCUUCAACUCUGUAUACAGUAGUGAGGCUUGUUCCGCUUUUAUAAAUGGAAAAUCUGAGCCAUGAAAAGUAGCAGUAGCAACACAUUGCUGAACUGGGUUUCUUUCAUAGCUUCAAAAAGAUUUUACUGUUACCAGUGACUCCAGUGGGGUUGACAGGUCUACUGUACAGCAGCUGGACUGAGGCCUCCUACCACAGUGAAAAUGUAGUUAAGCCUCCUACUGCUUUGACCUGUGGCUUAACCAGAAAACCAUGGGAACAAGUAAUUAAACAUUUUCCUUGGUAGUAGUGUUUAUUUUAAAUAAACUCUAACCUUAGCACCGGUCAUCUGAUCCACUAUUUAUUUGGAAAAUUAACCCCCGUUUUUAUCUCUCUCUCGUUUAAUUUUUUUUUUAAAGCAUCAUCAUAUUAAUCUUAUGUACUAAAUUCCAUAUAGAGCAUCACAGACUUCAGUGGACCACACUUUCUUCAGGAAAAGAAAAAGUGACUCCAAAAAUAUUUUCCCUAGAUUUAAGCUAGAGCAACUGGCUGAAAGCUGCUAUUGCAGGUGGGGAUUUUUCUCAUGUGCAACAGUAAUUUGGAAUUAGCACGUUACAGUGGGUUGUUUAAAAAGCUGCUUAUCUGUUCAACAUGAUUUUCAAGGAAGUAAACAUAAUGCUGGCUUUCUUGUGAGAGCCAGUGUUAAAGGGAUCCAUAAUGCUUAGUUUCAAAACCAAGGGCUUAGAACAGAGAAAAUAUUAUGAACUGAAAGGAAACCACUAAAACACUUAUUAGGACAUUACCAAAGUGUUCAUCAGUAUGAUGAGCUGUAUUUACUUUUGGAAAGGGGGAAGAGUUUGCCUUAAUCACCAUUUCCCCCAACUGUAGUCCCAUAAAGUCCCUCCAGCUUCUGUGGAAGAAGGCAACAGAGUACUAUGAAGGAUCCCCUUACCAAGAUCUUUAUAAUGGUGGGAACCCGUAUAUGGAUGUCUCCCCUACAAAAGAACCCAGCACCAGAAACCCAAUUUGACUAAGAUGCACAUUAGUGAACUGGUGCUUGUAUAUAUGAUAAUCAACACCACUGACAGGAAUGUGGUGGGCAACAAACCAGGGAUGUUAACAAAAUCCCAAUUACCUUUUGCCUCUUCUGCCUCAUGCAGUUGGCACUAUCAACCCACGCUGAGACACCCCAAUCAUGAAACAAAAUAAGAAAGAUAACUGGGAAUAUACACCUUCACCUUCUGGUUACUGAGGCUUUUGAGUAUAUUGCCUUCGUGAAGUCAACCAAGGUGGCCAAAAACAUAACAUGGAAGCAAACAUUCUGAUCGUCGCAGCAAGAGGCUGCAGAACUCACAAAGUUUUCCAAGAACCACAUGUGAACUAUGACUACCGUGGUCCUCUCAUUACAAUACAGGAAGAUGCUAGAUAAUCAAGGGAAACAAAUGUGGAUCCCAAUGACAAAUGUAUGACUCAAAACCUUUCCAUUAAAAAAAACUAAUUUAAGAACUAAUUAAAAGAAAUCAGAACAGAUGUGAUAUUCUUUAACUACCUAUCUUACAUUUUAGCUACUACAAAAUGUUAACUAAAAGUUAAAGCAGAGUAUGAAUACCUUGGGCCAACUGAUCUGUUAAGAGAGUAUACUUGAACAAAAUAUUGAACUGUAAUGCUUGUUAGAUUUUUUAAAAAAAUUAAUAGUGUGAUCUUACACGUGCUUGGCUGCAAUCCUAUUACUUACCUGGGAGCGAGCCCCACUGGAAUUACUUCUAAGUAUACAUGUACUGGGUAGCACUUCUAGUGUGUAGAUAGUUUUUGAGAGUGACAGAGCUUUAAUGAGAUUUAAAAUAGCUGAUGUCAUAAAAUUGUGAUGAACUUUAUCACAUACACCUUAUCGACUCAAGAUAGACUAUUCAGAAUUAAAGCGAUCUAUCGUAUCCAUUGCUGUUGACUAGAUUUGUGCAAUAGUGUGAUGUUAACUUAAUUAUUCCCACUGUCUCUUAUGUCAAAGAUGCCUAACAGGUAGCCUAUGAACUAAUUCCAUGUACAACAAAAUAAUUUGUACAAUUACUUUUGAAAGCCAUGGCUCAUAUGUAGUAGCUAUUAUA